AUGGAGCCUCUAGGGUAUGAGCAGAGGAUCACAAAGGUCUCCCUAGCUGAGCUUCUGAAGUGUUUUGAACAUCCUAUAAGUGAGGAGCAAGCCUGGGCUAUCUGCUUUCAGUGUUGCAGAAAAAUAGAGCAGCUGGCUCAGGGGCUGUGCCCACCACUCUAUUCUGUGUUCAUAAAAGGUUCUGGAAGCAUCUUUAUCCAUGCUGAUGGUUCUGCUUCCUUCAAAGUCUACCACAAGUCUGAUGUUGGCAGCAUUCAGCAGUCAGAGGACAAGCUGUUGGAGUACUUGGGAGUGGUGAUCUAUGAAGCCCUGGACUGGGGAAUUGACAGCCAAGUGGAGCGAGAACUGAGCAGUCCUUUGGAGAAACUGCUGUGCCUCAUGUUGAAGCUGGAUGAUGAAGCARUGAAACCACCAGUUACCCUGCAGGAUGUUAUCAAGGCCUGCGAGGAGCACCUGUCCAGGCCUUCUGAGGCUACCAGCCAUUAUGAAAUGACCUGUAGGAGUCUGUUUACUGAAUAUAUGGAACUUCAGAAGCUUGUAACCAUCAUCCAGACCUCCAAAGAGAGGCUGAGAAAAAUGGAUGURGAAGAUUGGGUGGAAAAUCCUAUCCAAAAGAAGAAAACCCAUGCUGCAUCCCUGUGGCCCAAUGUCAUCUGUGAGCUGCAGACSGGUGUGAAGCUGCGCAAGGCCGCUGAACGACCACAGCAUUGUGUGUCUCCAAAAGAACGUAUUUGCUCUCCCUAUGAGUUACUUUUGGAUGACAUUCAGCACAGGAGGUACACCCUUCGGAAGGUAGCUAUCAAGCAAAAACACYCAAGGGCCCCAAAAGUUGAUGUAGCUGCUCGCAAGCCUCAUCUCAAACCGAUGGUGAAGGUGAAGGUGAAAUGUGUGCCACAGGAGCCCUGCUGGCAUGAGCAGCUCAUGGCAGAAAUAAAACAGCCACCAAAGCUUCGGUCAGCAGCAUCAGCACAGAAAAAAGGCAGCAGGCCCAAAGAAAUGCUUGUGGCAUCAGAUACUGCCUUGAACUCUCCAAGUGACAGUUUCUUACUUCUCCAAGAUGCCAGUAMUGAGUUUAAAAUUUCCAACACUAAAACACAGCAGCUGGGACCAGGAGCUCAGGAAACCACUCCCAAGCUGCCUGCCAGUACCUGCCUUCCCUCUGCCCGGCCAUCAGGAGCAUUCUGCAUCAGCACAGGUGUUGCUGCAAAUUGCAUGAGUGCAUCCACACCAGGAGACAUUAAACCUAAGUGUUUGCUGAGCACUGGCCAACAGCAGCUGCCUCCUCACAGAGGAAGACGAAAGUCCACAUCUUUAGAGAGAGGCCUUCAAAGCAAGAAACUUGACUGCCCCAUUCCUACGAAGUCGCCAUCACCAACCAUUGCUGAGCUGAUUGGAACCCGAUAUGCAAUGAUGGUGCUGGGAGGGCAAGGCCUCUUCCAAGGAGGGAGUGAUGGUGUCUUUCCAAGAGCAAAGAUCUGUUUCAGCUGCCAUAAGCAGAUGUUUCUUAAGUGGCCUUACAACUGUUACCUCUGCAGCAGUGUUGUCUGCUGUGACUGCUGCAUCAAGAUGUCCAUGCCCUUCAGAACAUGUGUACAUCUCCCACUUCAAUUCCUAAAAUUUUUGAGACUCUCCAGAGAGGAGGACCCAGCUAUUCAAAAACAGAAGAACUCUGAUUUGCUACAUGAAAUAGAGCACUGGCAGUAUUUUGGUGUACCCAUUGUUUUGGAGCCCCAUUGCCUAGCACAACCUCUGUGCCGUUACACAGGGACCAUGGCAGACUGGCUGACUGCAGACAUCUGUACACGGUGUGAGAAAUAUCUGUUGAAUGUGGCUUCCAGUCAACAGCACAGCAUCCCUCUCAGGCGAAUUUCCUGGGCUUGAACCAAUCUGSAAUGACUGGACCCUACAUUUCUCCUGUCACUUGUUCUGUACCUGAAAUAAAUGAAACAGCUUAUGCACCUACUGACAUAAAGGCCUGAAAGAAAGACCUCCCUGCUGGUUAGUUUAAGCAGGAAGCACAGUUAGUAUUUCUGUAUUGUGAAGUAUUCUAAAGCUUUGUGGGUUUUAGAACUGUUUUAAUUCUUUUUAUGUGUCUUGGGGAAAAUAAAUGCUGAAGCACUAUCAAGCCUCUAGCAUUUCUUUCUUUGCACCUGCAGUUGUCAUUGUUCUGUGGUACUGUUUGCAUUCAUUGCUGAACAGACUUCAUGCAAUGUGCUGAGC